CACACUGUUGCGUUUCGUUGACAGAGCCGGUUGUGUGCGCUGUAUCGGAGAUUUGUUUUUUUAGUUUUCGUGCGUAUUCAACCACUUGUUUCUUUAGCGAUCGGUGACUACAAGUGUUUUACGUUUUGAUAAAUAAGCUGAAACUUGUAUUUUACAUUUAGAACCAUAGUUUAGGAUAGUUCAUUAACAGAUUGAUAUAGAAUCGGGUGAAAUUUAUGCCAAGUGAAGUCCAGAUGUUAGAGCGAGCGACAAUAACCUCGUUUUAUGUCAACAAAUAAUAAUAAACAGUGAUUGGGACAAGUUAUAGUUGCCGAUCCGGACAAAAGUGAUGAAUUAAACAAUACUCAGAACUGGAUGUAUUGCUUGAGAAUGGCUUCGUGUGCCUUCGGAACGUGAAUAUCGUGGAGGCUUCACCCACAUAACGUUUAUGCUUCAAGUAAUUCAAGAUGGGACCCCUUAUAUACAAGGUAACGGCUCUGGUACUCCUCGGAUCGGUGUGUAAAGGAGAUUUGCCAGAAGAUGACUUCAGGAUAAUCAAUAGACAAGAUUUGCUGGCGUUCGAUUCCGAUAUAUUCGAAGAUAACAACACUAAAUCAUUUUCGCAACUGCUUUUCGAUGUUGCAAGGGACCAGCUGAUCGUGGGCGCAAGGGAUGCCCUCUAUCGAUUAUCGUUACGAGGUUUACGUGAACUGGAGCGUGCUGAUUGGCCAGCUCCUGUCGAGAAGACGAGGCUCUGUCAAAUGAAGGGUCAAACGGAAGAUGAUUGCCACAAUUACAUUAAAGUUCUGCUGUCGUACGGACACAAGUUGUUUGCGUGUGGGACAAAUGCGUUCAGCCCUAGCUGCAGUUGGCGUGAGAUUGAGUCUUUGAAUACGAUAUCGGAGCAAACGUCAGGGGUGGCCCAUUGCCCUUAUAAUCCUCAUUCAAAUGUGACCGCAAUACUUGCUGCAAACGGAGAAUAUUAUGCCGGCACACCAACUGACUUCAGCAGUUCCGAUCCGGCUAUUUGCAGGAGUCGCGGUGCCUCUCCUACGAAUUCGGUGACACUUCGCACGACGCAGUAUGAUUACAACUGGCUGAACGAACCCCAGUUCGUCGGGAGCUUCGAAGACGAUAAUUUCGUGUACUUUGUAUACAGGGAGGUGGCCGUUGAAUAUAUGAAUUGUGGGAAGAUUAUAUACUCCCGUAUUGCUCGCAUCUGCAAGAACGAUGCCGGCGGCUUUCUGAUGAUGAAAGACAAAUGGAGUACAUUUCUGAGGGCUCGUCUGAAGUGUCCGGUGUCCGGUGAAGUGCCCUUCUACUACGAUGAAGUUCAGAGCGUUGAAUACCUGGCCCAGGAAAAGAUCCUUGUGGCAACUUUCACUACUCCUAGCAACAGCAUAAUAGGUAGCGCCGUCUGUGUGUACAACAUGUCUGACGUUCACGCAGCUUUCGACGGUCCUUACAAAGUGCAGGCCACAUCGACUUCGCUUUGGGAGCAACGGUCACCGUCGAAGCAGGCGAAGGACCACUUCAAGUGUGUGCCCGAUUCUAGUGCUCGCCAAGCAAUAGAAUACCAUCGUUACAAUUUAAUGUACGAAUCAGUACUGCCUGUAUCCGGCGAGCCCAUCUACAGAAUGACUUCGGAACGAUUCACUCACGUCACAGUCGACGUGACAGCCGCCAAACACAUUGAACGGCAAUUAGUAGUUUUUGUGGCAACACUGAGCGGUUUCGUGCUGAAGUUGGCGGUGUUGCCGAGGUUGGAUGGCUCGUGUUUGGUAGAAAAAUGGAAUUUGAAGGACGAAAAAGGAGGUUUUGAUGUUAAAACUAUGCAGUUCGUUAAGGACACGAUGUCAGUAUACAUCGGAAGCGACACGGGCGUUGUGCGUAUCAGCAGCGAGCGUUGUUCCCGGUACAAGAGUCGAUCCGGCUGUAUAUCCGCAACUGACCCGCAUUGCGGCUGGGACGACGCCAGGGAGCGUUGCGUACGGGCCGUUGACCAUUUACACGACCAUAGCUUCGUGCAAUCCACCGCUACUUGUCCCACGUCUAAUUCACCAGUGGACGGUGGCUGGUCGUCGUGGUCCGAAUGGGAACAGUGCAUGCAAGACGGAACCACGCACGCGCUGUACGAGGAUGAGAAGCCGGAUAUGUGCAUGUGCAGGACGCGACGGUGCAACAACCCGAAGCCAGCACACGGCGGCCAGGGUUGUAAAGGAGCCAGCAUAUCAGUGACGAACUGCACGGUGCACGGCGGCUGGUCGGGCUGGUCCUCGUGGUCCGAGUGCUCGGCGUCGUGCGGCAUCGCGGUCAAGUCACGGCGACGCACGUGCUCGUCUCCGGAGCCCAAGUUCGGAGGCCGCGUGUGCGUCGGAUUGGAUGUCGAUGAUAUAUUCUGUUCGAAUCUGCCUCCUUGUCCAGAUCCAAAUCUAGUACCGGUCGAUGGUGGCUGGUCAGCUUGGAGCCAAUGGUCGCAGUGUACCAGUGCUGGGGGUCCCGGCUGCGGUCCGGCGGCCGGUUGGAGAGAACGGAAGCGAACGUGCACCAACCCCGCGCCUAAGCAUGGCGGCAUCGACUGUGAAGGUUUCAAGGUUGAGAAGCAAGUCUGCGAUAUGAAACCAUGCGAGGUCAGGAAGGCCACAGCUUGGACCCCUUGGGUGCAGAUACCCGGUAAUUUAUCAGACGGCAGUUAUACAGAGAAACGAUUCAAAUUUUUGUGUAAGGCGCCGUCACCAGACCAAAUAAAACUGUCGAUAGCUCGUGAAGAAGAAAGGUAUUGCAAUGCUCGCGGUAUAUGCAGUAACAAUCCUCCAGAAGAAGAAUCAGGGUGGGAAGAGUGGGGGCCCUGGGAAGCUUGUUCGGCGAACUGUGGUGGUGGACAACAGGCCCGGACUAGGAAAUGUCGACGGCCACCCUGCGUCGGUUCUGCUGAAAUGUUAAGGGCUUGCAAUACUCAUGCUUGCUCAGGCGAAUGGUCUUGUUGGAGCGAAUGGAGCGAUUGCAGCGGGAAAUGUUCAGACAGCGCUCCCGGACAUCGAACCCGGACCCGGAUGUGUCUCUCGCCGGACGGCUGUGCCGACGCCGGAGCCGCACUCGAACGACGGCUAUGCGUCUCCAACUGUGCUGACACGGAGGCGGGGUGGGGCGAGUGGGGAGCGUGGGGUGGGUGCGCGGGGGGAGAGCGCGUGCGGCGGCGGGAGUGUGCGCGGGGCGCGUGCGCCGGACCACAGCUACAGGCCGCGCGUUGUACCGACGACAACGACGAUAUGGAUAACGAAUUGUACGCGAUGCCGGCGUACAGCCAGUUCGAUGAGGUGGCUUCGUUUGUAUCAAUGCCAAACGAGACCCUCAGCGUCGGGAGCAUCGUCGGCUGUGUUAUCGCUGCCUUUGUUAUGGGCUGUCUACUCUGCUUGUCCCUUGUCAUAUUCUGCCAGCGCCGCGGCACGAGGAUGCCAUGGAAGAAACAGCAUAGAGUUCCGUCAAGUCCUCACUACAUCACAGCUAAACAAAACAGCUAUGUGACCGUGCCUUUAAAGGAAGUGCCUCGUAAAGCAAAACGCCAGCCAUCUUUUACUGGUAUCGGAGGAGGCAGUGGGAUUGUACUAUCAAAGAGCAACAACAUAUCGAAUGCUAAUAACCACAAUAAUUCAGUUGCGACGCCCAAGCUUUACCCUAAGGCUAUAGCAAAUGAAUACGAUUCCAUGGGAACGAUAAGGAGGCACUCAAAUCAACCGAACAACAAAAAUAAUUUGGAUGUCGAAGAGGAUAGAUUUUAUUAAAAAUGUGUUUUGUAUGUGCGAAAUUAAUUUAAAAGUACCCUCAUUCAAGAAAUUUGUGUUAUAAUAAAUAUUCCGCUUUAAUGAUAGUGAAUAUUGUCGUGAAGACAGAAAAGAUCAAUUAAAUGUGCUAAAAGGGGUUUACUAUAAGUUUAAUUGGAUCAAAUAUGACAACUUUUUGACAUUUUGAUUGUUUUGACAUUGACAAGUUCAAGCAGUGCAUGAACAUUUUAAAAUGAGAAAGAAAUGUGUGUCAAUUAUCUUUCAAUUGACAAAAUCAUAAAUUAAUUUGAAUUUUAUUUUAGAUUUGAUAUGGCGCUGGUAGAAUGUAUGAAAUUGUAUGGAUUCGGUGAAAUAUAUUUAUUAAUUGCUGUUUUGUGUGGACGGAAUAUAUGUGAAUAUGUGUGAAUGUUUUAAUCUAGUUUAUGUUUUAAGGGACGGGGAUUCAAUACAACAAGAAUACAUAGAAUAAUAAUAUUUUUUAUGAAAUAAGAGAUAUGAUAAUCAAAAUAAUUGCGAUCUCUUAAACUAUUCCUAUUAUGUGGGAAUUCUUUUUAAGGGUUGUGUUGGAUGCAAUGAGUAAAUAUAAAUCGGGGUGACCAACUCAUACUUUGACAAAGAAACAUGAUAGUGAAAUCCCCAUUAUAAUCUUGUUGACAAGAACUAAUUUAUGUAUUAAAAAAACAAAUGACACGUGAUUAUGAAAUAAUUAAGAAUUUGUGAUCUUUACGCAGUGAAUUUGUAAAUAUGUUAUAUCGUAAUAAAGAAAUCGUUUAAACACGAAGUUAAGUGCCAUUAAUUUAUGUAAAGAAUAACUAUUUUAAGAGAAUAUUUUUUUAUUAAAAUUUAGAUUUAUGUAUUUUAAAGUUAAUACGUCAAAGCUACAUGUGCCAUGUGAAUAAAUGAAUUACGUAUUAUUUAAUGUUGUAUAUUAGAUUAAUUUACGAGAAUUCUAUAAUAUGACUUUGUUGAUUUAAAAAACUUUCAUAAUUUAGGACACAUCGUGAGAUGCAAAAGGUCAGAUAUCUCUUUUUGUAUUGACGGCUGAUGAUUUGGGAUCGCCUGGCUAUUUCGUUUGGGGAGUUCCUGAUAAUUUUUUAUUUUGGAUCAAUUAGUCGCUAACGUUACUAUAAUAUAGUAACACCAAAUCCAGUUUUAAAUUCAAAACCUUAUGCAUCUGUUAUCGAUAAUUAUGUUAUGUGUGGUUUGAGAUAUGUUUGUGAUUAAGUGACAUUUAAAAUAGACCUCAUUCUAGUUCGUGAAUGUAAGAAAUUUCUUAAUGACAUAGACAAUGUGACAGCUUUUAAAGCGCUUAAAAUUUCGUUUAUAUUUUAACAUAUAAAUUUAUAGUGUAACUCAAGUGCCUUUUUAUAUGAAAUCAAUAAACAAUCUUUCUCUUAUAAAUAUAUUAUUAUGUUUAUUAUAAUACUAUAUUUUUUCAAAUUUGAAUACGAUUUCAACUUAGAGUUGGCGUAUGUUGACACUUAAGUCAAAUAUGAAAGCUGCGAAAUUUUAUGAAAUAUAUUUCUUAAGAAAUAGGUCGGCCGUAAUGUUAACGUUCAGGGUGUGGAAAUUGUGUUCGUAAAGAAAUGAAUGUUGAAAUAGAUUGUUAAAUUUAAUAACUGUUCUUAGUUCUUGUGACUCUGAUGAAUUUUGUUUGGCACCUGAACAUAAAUGACCAGUGGAAUAAAUUGUGAUCGAAAUGUUUAUGAUGACCUCCUUUCUAUUAAUUGUCGCAAUUAUAAUUGUACUAGCGACCCGCCCUCGCUUCGCUUCGGAAACUGUAAUUUAUUAUUGAUUUCUUCACUAUUUAAUGGAUGUUAUUAUACAUAUAAACUUUCCUCUUCAAUCACUCUAUCUAUUAAAAAACGCAUCAAAAUCCGUUGCGUAGUUUUAAAGAUUUAAGCAUACAUAGGGAUAUAGGGACAGAAAAAGCGACUUUGUUUUAUAUUAAGUAGUGAUGUGAAACGUUAUGGAUCAAAAGUUUAUAAUUAUAGUUAGAUAUAGUUUGUGUAAAACAACGAAUAUGAUCAGUUAAAUUGACCGUAAUUAAAAAUAUAUGGUCAUUGUCAAGUAAUUUCUAAAGCUUUUUUUUAGUAACUUUAAAAAAUUUAACGGUUCAAAUUUUAUUAAAAUAUAUUUUUCAUCUCCCUGUAUAUAAAUUUUAAAACGGUUUUAAUGACGUCAUAAGAUGGCUAUACACUUUUAUUCUUUACAAAGAUUCUUAUUCAAAGUUUCAUAGUGUUUUAAUGGAAUGCUACGUCACUGAAAUGUAUCAAAGGAUACAUUUUGACUGGUUUUUUUUUAACAGGCUCGCUGCCGGUGUGAGCUCAGCUUUCCUUUCUAAAUAUAUAUUCAGCGCUUUGGGCAUCAAAAGCCGCUCUUUGAAUCUUAGUCUUAGGAAAGUAAUCCAGUGUACACUUUGACGAUAACUUUUGAAGGAAUCUCAGGGUCUGCUUUUGAAUUCUGUCAAUUAAAUAAAUAUUUACAAAGAUACCGCGAGCCAUAAAUGAACAGCAGUUAGCACUGAAUUAUUUCAAUACCACAGUUGCACGUUGAAGGCUACUGUUUAAUCUCGAACAUUCUCUCGGAAUGUCUCUGAUUCAAUUGUGUUCGGCCUAACAAAGCUGGUCGGUUCGUAAACUGUUCAGUGUUAGUCGCUGUGUAGUCGGUCCUUUUUGUUUCAAAGUACUCAUGACUGGCUUUCGUGAGGGAUUACAGUUCAGCGAACGCUAACGACUCUGAAAGUAAUUAGAAUUUACUUUUGCUUUACAAAUUGCGUUGUUCAUGGACAACUUCAUAGGAGGACUUGUGAUUCAUUUGUCAAAAAAAAACCAUCUUCAAAUAUUCUAAUUUUAAUGUUGAAUAAUGAAAUAAUGAAACAUAUUAUCGAAAAUGUUUAAAAUAGUUAAACAUAGUGCGUAAAUAAGACAAAUAUAGUAUGAAAUAGAUUAGUUGGAUGCGUUUAUUGAUAAUAAUAGACUACUAUUUUCGAUACGUGCAUUAAGAAAUUGAGACAUGUGAUUUUAAGAAUAAAUUUUGGUUUACAUUAAAUGAAGUUAAAUGCAUUUUAAUAUUGAUCAAUUUAUUCUUGAAUUUUACACAAAAACAAAUAGUUUUUUUUUGUAUAAAUCGUCGAUGGUAGAUCCCACCGAAGUAUGGGUACAACAGGUAUUCGGUAUAUAUAUACGUAUGUAUAGACACUUGAUGCGUCAAUUAUAUGUAAUUUACAUUCUUUCUGUUCUAUAUCUAUGGCAUAUCAUUAGAGCAUUCUCUUAGAGGCUUUUUAAGUAAUACUUCUGUUUAUCUCAGUAACUCACCGGUCCAGUUCAUAGUUUUAAGAUUUUUAUAUGUUUUUUUUUUUACAAAUAGACCUAUUUAAUUGAUAAAAGAUUCUAAUUAUAGUUGUGAACCGAUUAAUGUUAAUCGUUUCUAUUCCUAAAAUAUUUUAUGUUUACAAAUGUUAUUUUUUAGAUGCUGUAUAUUGUUUAUGUGCUACUUAAUAACAAUAAAGACUGUCUUAUAUUA